AUGCUCUUUUAUGUGUGCCUCUUCCUCAUUUCUCUCGCAAAUAUCCUUGUUCCCAUGUGGACCGAUGCCAUCGCACCCCUCAGUUGUUUCCAGCGCAUCCUCCAUUCCAUUCUGAGCAGCCGCGUCAUGCUACUCAUUCUCAAGCAGAGACGGAUCCGUCGACGUUGUCCUACAGAAGAGCUAUACAUGGAUGAUGUUGAACUUGUACUUGCCCUUGUUCCACCCUCGAAAACCAUCAAAGAUGCCAAUGCUGUAGAAAAACGCAGCCGCGGUAGUGGAUACUUGUAUGCUUUCAGUCCGUCCUUGUACCAGAUAAUCAUGCCCCCAAUGCUCCUUUGCAUUAUUCCAUCUCCCUGCAUCACAUACGGAAC